AUGGCCCAUCAAGCACAUGCAUACCACAUAGUUGACCCCAGCCCCUGACCUCUAACGGGCGCAAUCGCUGCUUUGUUAAUAACCUCCGGCCUCGCAGUUUGGUUUCACUUUAAUAUUACCACACUAAUAGCACUUGGCCUAGUUCUUCUUAUCCUUACAAUAAUUCAAUGAUGACGAGAUAUCGUUCGAGAAGGCACAUUCCAAGGACAUCACACCCCUCCAGUCCAAAAAGGUCUUCGAUAUGGUAUAAUACUUUUCAUCGCCUCUGAAGUCUUCUUUUUCCUGGGCUUUUUCUGAGCCUUCUAUCACUCAAGCCUUGCCCCAACCCCUGAAUUAGGAGGUGCUUGACCCCCAACAGGUAUUACAGUCCUUAAUCCAUUUGAAGUACCCCUCCUCAAUACAAUUGUUUUAAUCGCAUCUGGAGUCACAGUCACAUGAGCUCACCACAGCAUUAUAGAAAAAGAACGAAAACAGGCAAUUCAUGCCCUAUUCCUAACAAUUCUCCUCGGCCUUUAUUUUACCCUGCUCCAGGCUAUAGAAUACUACGAAGCGCCCUUUACAAUUUCAGACGGCGUCUACGGCUCUACUUUCUUCGUAGCAACAGGCUUCCACGGACUACAUGUAAUUAUUGGAUCAACCUUCCUCGCUGUUUGUUUCCUUCGCCAAGUUCAAUACCAUUUUACAUCUGAUCAUCACUUUGGAUUUGAAGCAGCUGCCUGAUACUGACAUUUCGUAGACGUUGUUUGACUUUUCCUAUACAUCUCUAUCUACUGAUGAGGCUCAUA